AUGGCUCUGAUUGUGGAUAUUGUGCGAUCGGUCCUGUGCACUUCAUGGCUUAACCUGUUGCUCUUCUUUGUGCCCAUCGGCUAUGUGGCGUACUUCCUCAACAUCAACUCGACCCUCAUCUUCAUCUUCAACGCCCUCGCCAUUGUGCCGCUGUCGUCCCUGCUUACGGAUGUCACGGAGAAGAUUGCCAGCGAUGCCGGCGACACGAUCGGCGCCAUCCUCAACAUCAGCCUCGGCAACCUCGUCGAGCUGAUCCUUUUCGUCGCCCUCAAGAAUGACCAGAUCCGAGUUGUCCAGGCGUCUAUCCUCGGGUCGAUCCUGGUCAAUCUGCUUCUGAUUCUCGGCUCUGCGCUUCUUACGACCAAGCUCCCCGACCAAGAGUUUCUACACGAUGCCGCCGGCACGCAGCUUCUGGGAUCCCUCCUCUUUGUGUCGGUCUUUACCUUCCUUAUGCCUACGGCCUUUGACCACACUUUCAAAGGCACCGAUGGUUCCGAGGGCAUGAGCCUCAAGAUGAGCAGGAUAUCGGCCGUCAUGAUCCUGCUCAUUUAUAUUCUAUACUUUAUCCACGAAAUCAAGACCCGAACGCCCCCCCACGACGUCGAAGCCGUACCCCACGACGAAGAAAACGACGAUGCUACACUCUUCGACGGCCAGGACCACGUUCCUCUUCGGUCCAUGGCCCUCUCUGCAGACGCAUUGAAUGGCUCCCAAGCCGCUCCCCGAACCGUUCGAUUUGCCGACGUCAGCCCUACAUCAGAACAUGCGCCCCUGAAAGAGGGCGAGCGAGACAGCUUGGAUGGACUGGACCCGGCGGAGAGCGGAUUGGAUGCCGAGGACUAUCUGGACAAUGGAGAGCCCAAGGAGGAAGCUGGCGAAGGCCUCUUUCAGACGUCACGACGGGGCAAGACAAGGGCUCGCUCGUUAUCGCUAGGCUCCAGCAGAGGAGCGCUGAGCGAGACGUCGGAAGGAGGAGACCGGACGGAGCUGAUGGCGCCGUAUCUCACGACAAGGCAGAUCCUGCGCGACAGCCACGUCAACCUCGACCGCAUCGUCGCCAAGCCGAGGCACGUGUCGUUCGGGCCCCGGACGGACCGCAUCAUCUCCUACGUGAUGCUGAUCCUGACCUCGACCUUCAUGUCCGUGUCGGCCGAGUUCCUGGCCAGCGCCAUCGACGACGUGAUCCGCCAGGGCCACCUGUCCGAGUCGCUCAUCGGCCUCAUCAUCAUGCCGAUUGUCGGCAACGUGGCCGAAUACGCCACCGUCGUCGUCGUCGCCGCAAGAGACAACAUGGGGCUCGCGCUGGCGGUUUCGGUCGGCUCGUCGAUCCAGAUUGCGCUGUGCGUGACGCCCCUGACGGUCAUUGCGGGCUGGAUCAUGGACCGGCCGCUGAUGCUGACGUUCAACCUCUUUGAGAUUGCCACGCUCUUUGGCUCCGUCCUGCUCGUCAACUUCUUGAUCCUGGGCGAGGGCGUGAGCGGGCCGCUGCGGUCGAGCGGCCUCAAGGGCGGAUUGAUGUGUGCAUGUUACGUGAUUAUCGGACUCGGGGCUUAUCUGUCUCCCUAA